AUGAAGCUGGUAUCCAUCUUUCUGCUGGUGACCGUCGGUAUUUGUGGUUAUUCUGCCACUGCCUUUCUCAUCAACAGUCUCCCUGUUGACAAAGUGUUGCCUGUGGACAACCUUCUUCCCUUAUUUGAUCCUUUGAAGAUGCUUCUGAAAACCCUGGGCAUUUCUGUAGAACAUCUGGUGGAAGGGCUGAAGAAGUGUGUGGAUGAGCUGGGGCCAGAGGCUUCAGAGGCUGUGAAGAAGCUUCUGGAGGCCCUAUCACACCUUGUAUAA